CGGCGAGGCCGGUGGGUCACUGAACGCACCGGGAGAACAGCAUCUCUUGGUCGGAGGAGCCUCCCCGGAGGUUAAGAGUUAGGUCUGAGCACAACUCUUGGCUCCCCAACCCCGCCAUCGCCCAGCGCAGAAAAAGGCGCAGACCUUCGGAAACCCAGGCACGCACUGCACUCGCCUCUUCUGCCCGCAGCCGCGAGGCCACACGGAGCGUUGCCCACUGGGCGGGGGCCGCUUGGGAACAAAGGGCCCGGGAAGCGUCAUCCCGGCGCUUCUGCUGAGCCUACUUGAGGGUGACACGGGCCGAGGUUGGGCGUGCAAAGAGUGUCGAGGUGAGCGUGCGGGGAGGGGGAGUGGAAACACGGGCUUGACCCAGAAGUGGGGUGCACACCCAGGCCGAGCGCGCUGGGAUCCCGACGCAGACCGGGUGGGGGGUUGGGCCCAGGCCGGCGGUCCCACUGGGCUCCAACCCUCUCCCUUCCAGGCCUCCUCGGCUCGGGGGCUGCUCCGGCCUCCAGUCAGCUGACGCGGGGGGCGGGGGAGCUGUCAGGCACGCCCCGCCCAGCGUCGCGGGGCCGCCGGGGCCGAGCGGCUAUUGGCCAGCCGGCCGGGCCGCCCGGGCCCCAGCGCUCCAGUGACAUCAGGAAGGCGAUAAAAGGCUGCGGCGGCGCCAGAUCCAGCACAGCUGCACCGCCGGGCUGCGAGCGGCUGCAAGCAAGAAAGCCCUAGAGCCCAAGAGCCCUAGAGCGAGCGGCGGGCGCUCGCCCCGCGCCUCCCCUCUGCCCCAGCGCGCAUCUCGCCAGCUUCUCCACCCCGCCUGGCUGGACCCUACUCGGUCCCCGCGCGGCCACAGCCCCGAGCUCCGGGGCAGCACAGGCAGCCUCGGGAGGACUCUCCGGCGCGCCGCCGCGUCCCCAGACAAAGGCUUGGCCGGCGGCCCCGGCCCGCUGCGCUCUGGGCUCCCCGCCUCCCUCCCCGGCUUGCCCAGCUCUUCGCCCCCGCGCUGCUCGGCGCGUCCCGGCCGGCCGCAAAGUUUCCCCCGCGGCAGCGGCGGCUGAGGCUCGCGUCAGCGAUGGCCGCGGAGCUGACCAUGGGGCCAGAGCUGCCCACCAGCCCGCUGGCCAUGGAGUACGUCAACGACUUCGAUCUGCUCAAGUUCGACGUGAAGAAGGAGCCGCUGGGGCGAGCGGAGCGUCCGGGCCGGCCCUGCACGCGCCUGCAGCCUGCCGGCUCCGUGUCGUCCACCCCGCUCAGCACCCCGUGCAGCUCGGUGCCUUCUUCGCCCAGUUUCAGUCCGACUGAACAGAAGACCCACCUCGAGGACCUGUACUGGAUGGCGAGCAACUACCAGCAGAUGAACCCCGAGGCGCUCAACCUAACACCGGAGGACGCGGUGGAGGCGCUCAUCGGCUCACAUCCAGUGCCACAGCCGCUGCAGACCUUCGACGGCUUCCGCGGGGCGCAUCACCACCACCACCACCAUCACCCUCACCCGCACCACGGGUACCCAGGCGCCGGCGUGGCUCAUGAUGAGCUGGGCCCGCACGCGCACCCGCACCACCACCACCAUCACCAAGCAUCCCCGCCGCCAUCCAGCGCCGCCAGUCCCGCACAACAGCUGCCCACCAACCACCCGGGGCCGGGGCCGCACGCGGCGGCCGCGGCAACCGCUGCGGGUGGCAACGGUAGCGUGGAGGACCGCUUCUCCGACGACCAGCUGGUGUCCAUGUCGGUGCGUGAGCUGAACCGCCACCUCCGGGGCUUCACCAAGGACGAGGUGAUCCGCCUGAAGCAGAAGCGGCGGACCCUGAAGAACCGGGGCUACGCCCAGUCGUGCAGGUAUAAACGCGUCCAGCAGAAACACCACCUGGAGAACGAGAAGACGCAGCUCAUUCAGCAGGUGGAGCAGCUUAAGCAGGAGGUGUCCCGGCUGGCCCGCGAGAGAGACGCCUACAAGGUCAAGUGUGAGAAACUCGCCAACUCCGGCUUCAGGGAGGCGGGCUCCACCAGCGACAGCCCCUCCUCUCCCGAGUUCUUUCUGUGAGUCGUGGCGGGUCCUGGCCCCCGCCCUUGCCCUGGCCCGGGCUCCCUGUCCUGUGUCCCCAAGCCCUGGACUCCCUGCCCCUGCCAUGGCCCUGGCCUUGACCUGUUUGACUCGAGCGAGAGGGAGGAAGGACGCUCCGGCUGCGGGAGACGGGUGGGAGCGCGGGCGGGUAGGAAACCUUGGCCCUGGACAGAGCAGCGCUUGCCAGCGCAGCCUCCUAGACUCCGGUAGAGCCAGAGAGACCGGGGGAGGGUGGUGGUGGUGGUGGGAGGUUCCGGAGUAACUUUUCUCCGGGCUGGAAGGCCACGAGGCAUCUUCCGAGGAGUCGCCAAGGCCGUCUGGAGACUUACGGCUCUGUGAACUUUAUGAGUGCCAGGGCCGCCGCUUCGCACUCCAGAGCUCAAUCCGCCCCAGGAAGAGCAGAGGAGAGAAGAGGGACCCUGCUGUCCCCACAGGCGCGAGGCAAGGCUCAGCAAAGGGGAGGAAGAACAGAGGCACCUGUCUGUCCAGAGUCCGGAGAACACUGGCUCUCAGCCGGGAGACGCGGGCCUUAGGACUUUCGGCGCGCUGAAAAAAAAAAAAAAAUCUCAUCAGUUUUAUUGCCUGCUCGAUUAUAUAGAAAAAUACGAAAAUCUGCAUUAAAAAUAUUAAUCCUGCAUGCUGGACAUGUAUGGUAAUAAUUUCUAUUUUGUACCAUUUUUCUUGUUUAACUUUAGCAUGUUGUUGAUCAUGAAUUAUAACCCCCUUGUUUCUUUGGGUGAGAAGGGAUCCAGUUCCGAAACUCCUGCAGCUGCCAGCAAUCGGAGUUUCUGUAGCCCGGCAGGCUUGUAAAUACCCGCCGGGCCAAAACACACUGAGAACGUGGCAGCAAGCUGAGUCUUUGUUUGGGUUUAUUAUUAUGGCAUUUUUGUUUGUUUGUUUGUUUGUAAGUAAAAAGAAAGCGAGAAAGAAAGAUUUAAAAAUCUGGACAUUUAGCAUCAUAUAACUUUGUCCUGGGAACCCUUGGAAGUUGUAGGCUUUCUUCCCUUCUCCAUUCCAUAUUUGGUCCUCCUUUCCUUCCCACUUUGGGUUUUUAAUUUUGGUGUUGAAAAAAACAAUAUAAGGGAGAGGCAGCUGUGGAGUUCCACACCUUGGAGCAGGAGCCUGUCCUCUACCCUGCCUGGCCUUCCAGCCAAAUCUAUACCCCUAAUCUGACAGGAAAAGAAAUCAGAUCUACUCCUUGACAAUUUGCAUCAUAAGAAGUCAUCCCAGGGCAGGUUUGGAAUCCUUCUGGAAGGUGCUAAUUGUAAGGCCCCCCAGGGCUUAGGGUGAAAGGAUUCCUCACACCCUUGAUAUUGGUCUGUGAUGCUUAGGCGCUUCCAUUGAACCAAAUGUCAUUUUCAGAAUGUACCAGAAACCCAAACAUUCGCAAGUAAUUAUGCAACUUUCAAGUGUGUUCUUUAGACCAAUGCAUUGUUUCUUUCCCUGCUUUUGAGAGAGCAAGAAGAGUUACUGGCAGUGUCCCUCCUACCUUUGGUUGUAUAGUAGUUAUAGGGAAGGUCUGGGUGUUUUUCUUUAUUGUUACUUUUAUUUCUGCAGGUCAGUAAAAGGAUUUUAAGUUGCACUGACAAAAAUACCAAAACGAAAGCAUAUUUUUUAAGUUCCCAUUUGAAAUUGCUGGCGCUGCUGGCUGGAUGCUUUUUUUGUUUUUGAGUUUGUAUUAGUUGAUAAAUUAGCAGUAAUAACAAGAUUGUAUGAACCGCAUGGUGCUUGCAGUUUUAAAUAUUGUGGAUAUUCGUCCUGCAUCAGAAACGAACUUUGGUUUUUACCGAUUCAACUGUGUUGAAAUCAAACUUGCCGCAACAGAAAUUGUUUUUAUUUCAUGUAAAAUAAGGGAUCAAUUUCAAACCCUGCUUAUGAUAUGAAAAUAUUAAAACCUAGUCUUAUUGUAGUUUUAAUUCAGACUGGUUUCUGUUUUUUGGUUAUUAAAAUGGUUUCCUAUUUUGCUUAUUAAAACCAUGGAAAUGGU